AUGAGUCUCUGCGGGCCCCUCAACCUGAGCCUGGCGGGCGAGGCGACCACGUGCGCGGAGCCCGGGGCUCCCAACGCGUCGGCCGCGCCGCCCCCCGGCCGGGCGGGCACCUCGCCGGCGCUGCCCAUCUUCUCCAUGACCCUGGGCUCCGUGUCCAACGUGCUGGCGCUGGCGCUGCUGGCGCAGGCCGCGGGCCGCCUGCGGCGCCGCCGCUCGGCCGCCACCUUCCUGCUGUUCGUCGCCAGCCUUCUGGCCACUGACCUGGCGGGCCACGUCAUCCCGGGGGCGCUGGUGCUGCGCCUGUACGCGGCGGGCCGCCCGCCGGCCGGCGGCGCCUGCCACUUCCUGGGCGGCUGCAUGGUCUUCUUCGGCCUGUGCCCGCUGCUGCUGGGCUGCAGCAUGGCCGUGGAGCGCUGCGUGGGCGUCACGCGGCCGCUGCUGCACGCGGCGCGCGUCUCGACGGCCCGCGCGCGCCUGGUGCUGGCCGCGCUGGCCGCCGUGGCCUUGGCGGUGGCGCUGCUGCCGCUGGCGCGCGUGGGCCGCUACGAGCUGCAGUACCCGGGCACGUGGUGCUUCAUCGGCCUGGGCCCCGCGGGCGGCUGGCGCCAGGCGCUGCUCGCCGGCCUCUUCGCUGGCCUCGGCCUGGCCGCGCUGCUCGCCGCGCUCGUCUGCAACACGCUCAGCGGCCUGGCCUUGCUGCGCGCCCGCUGGCGCCGCCGCUCGCGACGGCGUUCUUCGGCGAGUGGCCCCGACGGCCGCCGUCGCUGGGGGGCGCGCGCGCCCCGCUCGGCCUCAGCUUCGUCCUCCUCGUCCGUCGCUUCGGUCCCCGGCGGCUCCCCGGGCCGUGGCUCAGCGCGCAGAGCCCGCGCUCACGAUGUGGAGAUGGUGGGCCAGCUCGUGGGCAUCAUGGUGGUGUCGUGCAUCUGCUGGAGCCCGCUGCUGGUGUUAGUGGUGCUGGCCGUCGGGGGCUGGGGCUCCAGCUCCCUGCAGCGGCCGCUGUUUUUGGCUGUGCGCCUCGCUUCCUGGAACCAGAUCCUGGACCCCUGGGUGUACAUCCUGCUGCGCCAGGCGGUGCUGCGCCAACUGCUUCGCCUCCUGCCCCCGAGGGCCAGCGCCAAGGGCAGCCCUGCGGGGCUGCGCCUAACCAGGAGCGCCUGGGAGGCCAGCUCGCUGCGCAGCUCCAGGCACAGUAGCCUCAGCCACCUGUAG